AAAAAAUAAAAAAUUAAUUCUCCAUCGGCUACAUCUGCUAAACAUUCAACACUUCAAUUCAGAACACUUUGUAUUCUUGAAUCUUGAUGGCUAUGGAUCUAUCAUAUUUCCCUUUCCUUUUUUCACUCUUCCUCUUCAUAACAUCCCUUUUAUUCAUAACCAAUUAUCCGAAAUCCGAACAAAAAAAUCUUCCCCCGGGGCCGCGAAAGCUCCCGGCCAUCGGGAACUUGCACCAUUUCUUCACUUCUUUAGCUCCUCAUCGUGUCCUAGCCAACUUAUCCGCGAAAUACGGCGCAUUGAUGCAUUUGCGACUCGGCGAAGUGUCCACAUUUGUGAUAUCCUCGCCGGAAUUCGCAAAAGAAAUAAUGAAAAUUCACGACAUCAAUUUCGCCAAUAGGCCAUCGUUCUUUGCAUCCGAGAUUAUUUUUUACAAUAAUUCGGACAUAGGAACCGCCCCAUACGGCGAGUACUGGAGACAGCUUCGGAAAAUUUGCACGCUCGAGCUCUUGAGCGCGAAACGUGUUCAAUUUUUUCAACCCUUAAGGGGAAAAGAAUUCGCGAAUAUGUGCCAAUUUAUAGCUUCUAAUGAAGGCUCCGGGAUCGACUUGACUGGAAGAGUUGAGUUAACUAUGUGCGACAUUUUUACGCAAGCGGCUAUUGGGAAAAAGACCGACAAACAAGAUGUCCUAAUAUCCUCGAUCAAAGAAGCUGUCGAUCUUGGAGCCGGAUUGUCUCUCGCCGAUGUGUAUCCUUCGAUAAAAAUGCUUAGAUAUAUAGGUGGAAUGAAAGGCAAGCUUGAGAGGCUCCACAAAAUAAUCGACGACAUACUUGAAGACAUCAUCGGCGAUCACAAAAGGCGCGGCGACGAAUGCAAACAUCGCGAGGUAGACUUGCUCGAUGUCCUCUUGAAGUUUAAUGAAUCCGGACACGAGCUGUUUUUAACUAUCGAGAACAUAAAAGCCGUGAUCUUGGAUGUGUUCACGGCUGGGAUUGAAACAUCGUCGACAACCGUAGAUUGGGCAAUGGCAGAAUUGUUGAGACACCCCAAAGCCCUCCAUGAGGCACAAGAAGAGGUGAGACGUGUUUUCGAGGGUAAAGGAUUCGCGGAUGAGUCGAACUUCGAUCAACUAAAGUACCUCGAGUUAGUCAUCAAAGAGACUCUCCGGAUGCAUCCACCGGUACCUCUAUUAAUCCCGAGAGAAAACCUCGAGGCAUGUGAGAUUAAUGGUUACAAAGUGGCCGCAAAAACCAGGAUUAUCGUGAAUGCUUGGGCCAUCGGAAGAGAUCUUACAAAAUGGAAAGAUCCCGAGAGCUUUGUGCCCGAGAGAUUUCUUGAUGUCGCCGUUGAUUAUAAGGGAAAUCAUUUCGAAUUCAUCCCUUUUGGCGCGGGAAGAAGAAUGUGUCCCGGAAUGACAUUUGGCCUUGCACAUGUGGUUCUACCAUUGGCAAUGCUUCUUUAUCACUUCGAUUGGGAUGUACGUGGAAAUAUCGACAUGGCCGAGUCCUUCGGCGCUACGUCGAGAAGAAAAAAUCCACUCUAUGUGAUCCCUACUGUUAGGAAUCCUCUGCCUGUAUUAGAAAGUUGAAUCGAAUCAUGCGUUACUAUAGUGAUCUUCCAAGAAGGGUUCGGUUAGAUGAGAAAGAUUAAUAAUUGAAUCGAAUAAUGUAUUACUUCACUUUAGUAACAACUAUUAUUCCAAAAUCGGCCAGGCCAGACCAGGCAUGGUCCGAUCUUAAGAGGGUCAGACUUAAUUUAGUUC